UGGAAAAACAGUGAUCUUGCUGAGGGACUUCAUUCAUGGUGGGAAGAAAAGUAGCAAAAGGCGCAACAAAACAGGUUUUUGUGGAUGCUCAAGGCCUUCAACUAAUGAGGAUUAAGUGAGAAAAUCUAGAGUCAUUUUGUUGUAAGUACUUGGGAUGUGUCUAAUCUAGCAUAUCAAUUUUUAAUUUUAGCUGCAAAAAAUGCUGUUAGGCUUAGGCCUUAUCUGAUCAUAGUAACUUAUUUCAGAUGUCUAUGUUUUAGCUUGCAAAAAGACUUGUGCUUAAUACGACAUUUUAGCUAAGAAGUUGCGAUGUCAUGUUUGACGCUGUUUAAGCUAUGAAAGCAUGGAGCAAAUACUCUAUCAUGAACUUCGUUCACAAAAAAAAAUAAGAUGGGGCAUUAUCAAUUAGGACUCAUACCGAUUCUAUCAUAUCGCUCCAAUGUUUGCAAAUGGAGGCACGUGUUUAAAAAUUGGAAAUAUUUCGAAGAGCUGUGUUGCAUGAACUUUGUUUCAUUGGCUCAAUUAUUUCGAAGCAAACCAUAUUUGUAAAAUCGCGUGUUGUGCUCUUUCCAUUCACUGGAGGAAAUAUAUUCCAAGAAUCAUUAUUAAGAAUAAUCUCAUACUAAAGCAUGUUGAGAGAAAGAUAUAAAGUAUAUAAUUAAUAAGCAUCGUUCUACAAAUUUUGACGGGGCUCCACCUAUUUCUCGUUUGUGUUUUCAGUUUUGAUCUAUUGUUAAUUGAACAUAGUAAGUUUUUUAAAUAUUGAUUAUGCUUUCAUAUGUUUAAAGUUAUAAAUAUUUUUUAAUAAAAAAUUACUAUUUUUAUAUAUAAAAUUUAAUCACUAAGUUAAAAAUUAACAAGAUUGUAUUAUUAUUAUUAUUAUUAUUAUUAUUUCUCAACGUUGAAAUAAGAAUAUUCAGAUUAAAUUUUUAAAAAUAACUUAUAAUUGACUUUUUUUUAAGACAGCUCUUUAAAUGCAAUUAUUUCCUAAAACUCAAAUAAAUAAAAACUUACACCUAAACUUGUGAAUACUAAUAAAAAUUGACCCACAUGAUUUAAAGAUUUGUCAGUUUUUAGUGCUUUCAAAAUUAAUAAUUCUUCAUGCAAUCAAAUUAGAAAACCUGUCUAUUCAUAGUCAACCAUGCCGGCUAGCAACUUAUUCAUAGUCAACCAUGCCGGCUAGCAACUUAAAAUAACCUAGUACAUAGUUUUCUUGGUCUCCACGCAAAUCCUUCAUAUAGUGGUUUCUUCAGCACAUAAUAAGUAGGGCUGCUUCCCUAGCAACAAGGUCUACCUAGUUGGUCACAUAAUCAAGCCUUGGAUGCAGCCAAACCAAGCAGUACCCAUGAUGGAGGGAGAUGCUAUUUGUUCCACAACAAAUGCCCCAGAAGAGGAUGUUGAUUUGAACCAAAUAUCUCUUCGACCCAUAGAUCUUUCUGAUCUUGAUGAUGUCAUGUUGUGGUCCACUGAUGAUAAAGUGGCCAAGUAUUGCACUUGGGAACCUCACACUAGCAAAGAGGAUGGAAUUAACUUCAUCCAAAACAUAGCCAGCAAAUCCCUAUGGUUUAGAGCAAUUUGCCUUCAUAAUCGUGCAAUUGGGUGUAUUGAUUUGUUGUCAAGUUCGGGACAGCGUAGAUGCAGGGACAAAUCCGCUGAACUUGGCUAUGCUUUAGGCUCCAGAUACUGGGGUAAAGGGAUUGCCACACAGGUUGUGAAACAAGUGGUUAAAGCCGCAUUUAGCUAUUUCCCACACUUGGAGAGGCUUGAAGCUCUAGUUGAUGUGGAAAACGUGGGUUCUCAGAGGGUGCUGGAGAAGGCUGGUUUUCAAAGAGAGGGAAUUCUCCGGAAAUAUGUGUUUGUUAAAGGAAAAAGUAGAGAUAUGGUCAUGUUCAGUUUUCUUUCAAAUGGUGCUCAAUUUUGAUUUGUUUAUUUUGAACCAUGGCAAUUGUAGUGAUGUGUCAUUUGGAAUGUGUAAGAUUGUAUGUUUGAAUUGAAGCUACAACCGUCCCAACAUCAAUGUUAGUUUGCACGCUUCGCCUACAAUCUUGUAGCUGACUUACGACAAAUCGUAUUUUGUAACGAUGAUACCAAAUGUUUAAUCAAAGAAAUAUUAUCACACAAACAAUAAAUCAAAAUCAAAUUUUCAUCUUUCAGAAUAAAACUCAUGCAAUUUUCGACUAAACACGAUAAAUGAAUCGUUCAUCACCAUCACUAUUAUGAAUAUGAUUUAAAAUUUAUAAGGACUCCAGAAUUCGUGUAAACCCCACUCAUUGCAUAAAUUCAAUAAAUUUAAUCUAUGUUAAAGCGUAUAGUUAACAUGUAAGACCUAUAAGCCCAACAAGAAAAAAACGAUAACAUCCUUAAAUUAUUUGAAUGUCUUCUUAAAUUUUGAAGUAUAAUGCUAAAAUAUCAAAAUUACUCGCUAAAUCAUGAAACCAUAACGUUACAAGCAAUUCACAAGAAAACUUGAAUUUUGGGUCUACUAUACACACUAAACUCCUAGAAUAGGAACUUGAAAUGCACGAAACAACUAACAUGUCGGCAUUGUGGCAGGAAAUACAUUACAAAAAACACGUAAAUAUCGUAAUAAGCAUGCAAACCUGAUAGUUCUGAAAAAAAUCGAUAUAUAUAUAUUGCGAGCCAAAAAAUGUGUACUGAUUGUCACAACAAAACUGAUUCACUGGGCUACACAGAAACAUAGUACUUAAAUUUAAUUUUCAGUAAUAACAUAAGUAAGCAGGAAACCUAUCACAAACUAAAUUACAUUAUCACUAAAUCAAGCUCCAACAAUUUCAGUGGUUCCCUCUGCCAUUGUUUCAUCAACAGGUCUGUCUACCUUCGUACCAACAUCUUCUGCGUAAUCCCCAUGAACCUACAAGAGGAUCAUACAGCAAAGGAAUUAAACCAAUGCACCGACCAAGUUAUAAACACAUGCAUAUGAAAGCAGCUUUUGGCAUUUUCAAGCUAAAACAGCAUUUAAAAAGUUACCUCCAUCAGUUUCCCAAGAUCAAACUUUGGAGCUUUAAGGAUCUUGACUUUCCGAACAAACACAUUCUGAAGAGGGUAAAUACUUGAUGUUGCCUUCUCGAUCUCUUUUCCAAUAAUCUCAGGAAUGAACUUGCGGACCAACUCCUUUAAAUCACAGGAAGUUGCCUGGUUGGUCAUAAUCUCCCGCAUCUUCCUACGAAUCUGAAAGGGAAAGACAUAAUAUUAUUUACUAAUAUGCAAUAUUAUAGAACAUGGCAUACUCCUUAAUUCAAACCCACUAUUUUCUUGUUAUUUACCAGCACUUUAUACAGAGAAUGAUAGCAAACGGCACAUGCAUCUAGGAAAAAUUAGUGUAUGUACCUGUCUAAUCUGGCUAGAUUGAGCAUAACAGGUUCGCUUCACUUGGUUAGAUCUUCUCUUGGUAAAUCCAAUGCAGAACAACCUCAAUGUGUAAUUAUCGGUUGUCUUCACAUCCACAUGAGCUUCAAUUAGAGUUUGCCAUUUUCUCACCAAUGACCUCAGCUUGUCAGUUGUGAAAUCC